AUGCUAAACAGCAAAACCCUUGACCUCGCCCCAGAACGGCGCAGAAAUUUGGGCACCACUCAGGAGUCAAGGGGUGAAGAGUCUAGGUCUCCUAUGUCUUCCCCAGACAAUGAAACAGACCAGAUUACCCGUCAAAAUUAUUCGGGGAACUUUACUGGCAGUAAUCUGAUUAUCGGCAAUCAACAUGCUACAGGGGACGUGAAUAACAUUGCAGGGCCGAGACAGCAUACGCCGAUUGAUUGGAGUCAGACAAAUCAUAGUAGAUCUGCUCCUUCGCCGCCAUCAAGGACCAUAUAUUAUGCGCGUGCAUCCCAUGAUUUUCAACCUACUCAGGCGAAUGAGCUCUGUUUCAAGGCUGGUGAUAUAAUUGAGCUCACUCAAGGAGAUGUUCCUAAUCGGGAUGGCUGGUUCAUGGGCCGAGUCGAAGGGAGACCUGAAGAAGAGGGUUUGGUACCCGAAGACUACGUGGUAGUGACACGUUAA